AUGGCUAGCAGCUCUUCGGACAGGCUUCUCGUCUUAGACUCUCACAACAUCUACGAUUGCACCCUCAUAGACACAGCUACAGACGAGGUCGUGUUCCGUAUCCGUCCCGUCCGAUACUCGACCUGGCUAUACAUCGAUCAUGGCAUUCGACGGGAGCACGUUCAGAUGAACGCUACGGUCAUUCAAAACGAGAAAGGUAUGGACCUGGCUCUAGUUGGAUGGAGCGAGGCAGGCGAGCCGCGUUGCGUCGUGCUGGGCUCGUCGAAGGGCGAGCGCGACAUCGGCGCGCGCCAUCAUCUCAGUCUCGGGGAGCUUUUCCAACACGAAGGCGUCGAGUGGGCCCACUUGUGCGUUCCAUCUGCAACUCGGUCGAACGAGUAUAAAAUUAAAACGCGUCUACGCGCGGAGUGGGAGCUAAAUGCCUUCGGCGCCUCGCUCCUGAACUUCAAUCGAUCCGUGCGCGCCCAGUUCUAUGAGCACCAUGCUGCAUGGUCUCUGUACGACAUCGAGCCCGUCAAAAAGGGGAGCACGGCGGAAGCCUAUGACUAUUUGCGCCUUCAGAGCCCCACACAGAAUCUCCCAGAAGUGCUCGCGACGUUCCUUCUCGUUGAAACGGCUCGUCGGAAGAUCUUCAUGAACCGACCGCAAGCACCUCAUGGUCAACGUGCGCCUUCUAUUCGCCCGCGCCGUCCAAGCCUCGUACAUCGCGUUUCAAGCUUCGGUAAAGAGCUUCUGAUGCGAGCACGCUAUGGCUCUCCCGAGAGCGACGAAUCCUUCUAG